GGGCGGGGCCGCGCUCGGGCCCGCGGGGUCAGUCGGAGCGCGGCGCCGAGCGGAGCGGAGCGGAGCGGAGGCGGGGCACAGCCGGGCACCAGCGCCAGCAGCGACCGCGGCCGCACCGGAGCGAGCGCACGAUGAUAAACACCCAGGACAGUAGUAUUUUACCUUUGAGUAACUGUCCCCAGCUGCAGUGCUGCAGGCACAUCGUUCCAGGGCCUCUGUGGUGCUCCGAUGCCCCUCACCCACUGUCGAAGAUCCCCGGUGGGCGAGGGGGUGGCAGGGAUCCUUCUCUUUCAGCUCUGAUAUAUAAGGAUGAGAAGAUCACUGUUAGCCAAGAUGUCUCAGUGCAUGAAGGGAAGCCUCAUAUUGUCCACUUCCAGUACAAGGUCACAGAGGUGAAGACCUCCUCCUGGGAUGCAGUGCUCUCAAACCAGAGCCUCUUUGUGGAAAUCCCUGAUGGAUUAUUAGCUGAUGGAAGCAAAGAAGGGUUGUCAGCACUGCUGGAGUUUGCUGAAGAAAAAAUGAAAGUCAACUAUGUCUUCAUCUGCUUCAGGAAAAGCAGAGAGGAUCGAGCUCCACUCCUGAAGACGUUCAGCUUCUUGGGCUUUGAGAUCGUGCGGCCUGGCCAUCCUGCUGUCCCGUCACGGCCGGACGUGAUGUUCAUGGUGUACCCCCUGGAUCAGAGCUCUUCCUCCGAUGAAGAGUAGCUGCAGAGAGGAACUCCAGUGGGACCCUAACAUGCUGUUGGAGGGGAAGAGAGGACCACCUCCUUUCCUGAGGAGAGGGAAGCAGAGCUUCUGUUGGACUGCAAGCGCAUUUCUCAUGGUUAGAUUGGGCUGUGUAUCCCCAGAGUUGACUCUCAUUGAAACAUGUUGCCUAGAGAACUAUCUAUCACACAUGUAAUCAUCACUAGGAAAAGGAAGAUGUUUAUGAACUGGCAUAGGAGCUCUUCCCAUGCAGCUGCACGGUGUGGGAGCCCCGGGGUCGGUACCACCUUUGGGACUCCUCCGAACCCCCAUUGGUGCCUCCUGCCCGCCCCGCGUGGGCUCAGCUGGGACACAACCCAUUCAUUUCCCACUCAAGACCUUAGAAACAGCCUGGCUUGGUGUGGGGCAUGUGCAGGAGAUGCUCAAGUUUAUCCUUUAACACUACAUUAAACCCCCAUGCAUCUUCACUCCAAUGCUGGUUUAACUGGUCUAACCUUUUGUUUCCCCCUUUUUUUUGAAACUUCUUUCUCUUCCAGCUUUUGUUUUAUGCAGUCUUAACCCUGUUCCAUGUUCCCACGACACUAUCACGGCAUUCAAUAAAAGGGGCAUUCAGAUGAACUUCA